GGAGCGUUUCCGGCUGAAAGCAGGAUGACCAACAUCUCUUCACACAAACACUUUAUCCUGGUUGGUUUUGAAGAACUCGGAGCUCUGAGACCCGUCCUCUUCCUCCCGUUCUUCCUCAUGUUCGUCGUCUCGCUGCUGGCCAACUCCCUGUUGGUGUAUGUGGUAAUUUCCCGGAGAGCCCUUCAUCAGCCAAUGAGCAUCCUUAUAGCUGGCAUGGCCUGCGUUGACCUCUGCCUCCCAGUAUUCUUUGUGCCCAACAUGCUGCUGAACUUCCUGUUUGACUGGAAGGGGAUCUCUCUGAUUGGCUGCCUGAUUCAGAUGCACUUCAUUCACUUUUUUGGAGCUUUUCAGUCCACCUUCUUGGUGUGGAUGGCUCUGGAUCGCUACUUUGCCAUCUGCACGCCUCUUUACUACCACGAGGUGAUGGCUCUGCAGAGAUUCAUCAGGUUUGUCAUCCCGCUGUGUGUCAGAAAUGCUUUGCUCAUCACCGUGUUUGUGAGUUUAGCAGGAAAGCUCUCCUUCUGCACCGACAGGAUGAACCACUGCUUCUGUGAGCACAUGGCCCUGGUGGAGCUGGCCUGUGGAAGCACCUCCAUCAACAGUCUAGCAGGACUGAUGGCUGUGUUCCUCAUUCCUGUCUUUGACUUCUUUGUCAUCGCCGUCUCCUACGUCAGGAUUUUCAGCUCUGUGCUGAAGUCUAGAAGCUCUGGAGCCAAAGCCCUGCACACCUGCGUCACACACACUGUGGUGAUCACCCUCAGUCUGACGCUGGCGCUGAUCGCUUUCCUGUCGUAUCGGAUCAGAAACGGGCUGCCUGCAGCCAUUCGGGUUUUCUUCAGCACCAUGUACCUGCUGUUUCCCUGCUGCUUCAACCCGAUCAUUUACGGAGUCAGAACCUCUGAGAUUAGACAGCACAUGCUGAAGCUGCUGGCCCACUGGAGACCUUCUGUCCAGACCGUUUUCUGUUCCUAA